AUGCGUUAUCCCUCGUUGAGCGUCGCGCAAAGUACUUACACUGUGCCGGUCAUGUCGAGCAUGGUCGGCUAUGACUCCGACCCGACAUUUGAGUUCCUGACAGAUGAUGUUCUGUCAGGGACCAGCACCACGGACUUGAACAUGGCAUCAUCAAGUUACCAAGGACAAGGCCAGACACCGGACCUGUUGAACUCCGGAUACAUGCCUAUGGAGACCGGCAUUUACACUUCAGGGAUGAUGAACAACUUUUUUUCUCCGGAUCUUUCAUGGCAGAACCGGGUCUUGACGCCGCCCCCAGAGGACUAUGUCCAGGAGAUCUUGCCCCAUAGUUUCUUAUCUGCCCAGGACUACGAGCCGGAGCCGUACCAGGGUGACCGGAACCUUGCCGCUUUCGGGACCAAUGUCACCCCGAAGUCCCCGUCGUACAGAGUUGCGCAACGAAGCCCUGUUCAGCCAAGGCCGAUCCGAUCCGCCUCGGAACGGAGUGAUUCGUCUGGAGAACACGCCACUGUGCACGUCGAAGCCCCGGCUCUCAGAGACGACACGGUCGACAAAGUCAAGGCCAGAAGUGAUCCCCUUUAUGAUACCAAGGCCGACAAGGAUGGAUGGUACCAUUGCCCCAUGUUCAUCGAAGCUAAAUGCGCCCACAAGCCCACGAAACAGAGAUGCAUCUACAAUAAAUACCUGGAUUCCCAUUUGAGGCCUUACCGGUGCAAGUUUGCGGAUCGGCCAGAGUGCGAGGAUGCCCGGUUUUCUUCCAACGCAUGCCUUUUCCGGCAUGAAAGGGAGGCCCAUGGACUACACAAUCACGGAUUGAACCCAUUUCUUUGCAAAUUCCCGGAUUGCGAUCGUGCUCGAGAUGGAAAUGGAUUUCCUCGACGCUGGAACCAGCGAGAUCACAUGAAACGAGUGCAUGAUUAUGUCGAGGAAGACUCGCCCAGGGAUCGUACAACUACCCCGGACCAGCCCAAGCGGAGAAAAGUCCCGGAUACACUGACCUCGACGCCCAUGAAGCGGACCGGCUCGUCAGCUUUGGCCAGAGCUCAGGCCAUAGCUGGUGCCACCGUCCAGCCCAGGUACUAUGGUCGUACCGUCAGCCAGGCUCGGUACAGCACUCCAUGCAUGUACGCUGGCUAG